AUGUCAGAUGGAAUCUCGUUUAUGCCUCUCUCGACGUUCAUCGAUCCAUCGUUUUGGAAUGAGCUGAAUCGAAAGAAGUUGAACGAGUGGAAGUUAGACGAAACGCCACAGCCAAUAUUCGCCAGCUAUUGCAACUUUGACCAGCCAUCGUCGACCUCUCGUUUAUCACUGUCAUUCGAUGCAUUUUCUGACGAGGAUUCACUUUCGAGAAGCAUUGGCAUCAAUUACGUGAAAGGGCGGGUCCAUCUACUCAACACAGAUGUCGCUUUCAAAAAACUCGAUCGAAGAGCAGUGUUACUUCAGUGCGGUGAUAAGGUCUGUUAUUUGUCAGUUUCGAUGAUAUCUUCCCAGAUUAUGUCGAUUAAAAAACUGAUCACGGAUGGUUUUGAAAAUGAAGGUUCGGAUAUGUUUUCAUCGUUGACGACAUUCCAUUUGACAAUAUUCGCGUGGUUACAUCAUAAUAAAUGUUCAUUUAUUCAGGAUCUUAAGCACUAUCAUUAUUGGUUUUGGAAUUGUCAACCGGCAUUACUGUACCCACAUAAACUGAAAUUGCUCGGUGCGAUUGUGCCAGUGAAUGAGGAAAAACAAGCGGAAUUGCGCUCAUUUUCGAUUCUUUUCAACGGUCUUCCUUUUGUGCUCUUCGAUGAAACUGAUGAAGUGGUUGGCGAUAUUGGUCCUGUUUCAAUGCAACAAUUUUUUGGCAUUAGUAAAUCGAACAGAUUGAAAUCCGCCUCAGUAAAGAUCGUUUUCUUGGAUCCAUCCACACAUCCGCAAGUACCUGGAUGGCCGUUGAGAAACAUUUUGGCUGCGAUCGCUUAUCAUUUUAGAGAAUGGCGAGAUGCACAUUUUAUCGCGUAUCGCGCCAAUCCAAAAUUACCCAGUAUCAAUCUGAAUAUCGGUUGGUCUAGGCUUGACAGUGAUGAAGAUUUCUUGUCGGCGGAACCGAUUGGAUGGGAACGCUCUGAGCGAGGUACUUUGGAACCAGUUUUUGUUGAUAUGAGCUCCACGUUUGAUCCAAUCAAAAUUGUCGAUGAGGGUGUGCGCCUGAAUUUGAGUUUAAUCCGUUGGCGAUUGGUACCCGAAAUCAAGUUAGAGCGUUUUUCUGCGCUACGUUGCCUGAUGCUUGGCUCAGGCACACUCGGAUGUAAUGUGGCUAGACUGCUGCUUGGCUGGGGUGUUAAGCGUAUUGUUUUUGUCGAUAAUGCAAAUGUUUCGUUCAGUAACCCUGUCAGGCAGUCUCUUUUCGAGUUUGACGAUGCAAUUGGUGGCGGUAAAUCGAAAGCGUUGGCUGCAUCCGAAAAACUUCACCGUAUCGUUCCAUCGGUAGACACUGAUUACGUCGAUAUGAAAAUACCAAUGCCCGGACAUUCGGUCGCUGAAAAAGAUAUGGAGAAAGUGAGGGAAUCUGUUACGAAACUGGAAGGUUUAAUCAAACAAAGUGAUGUGGUCUUUUUGGUGAUGGAUAGUCGUGAGGCAAGAUGGUUACCAACACUUUUAAGUAGGAUUCAUGGCAAGUUAACGAUCAGUGUUGCAAUGGGUUUUGAUUCGUACGUGGUGAUUCGGCAUGGUUUGAGCAUUCCGGUGGAUAGAAGUGCAGCGGAAACGAUUUCUUGUGAGGAUAUCUUCGAGAGUGGUGACUCGACUGACACUGAGUCAUCGUCGAAAUUAUUGAGCGGUAUGAACGCGAGCCGAAGGGCCGGUGAUCAGUCGUCAGCGGCUUACGAUGAAAGUUAUGAGAAGGCGUUCACGGCUGACGAUUUGGUGAUACCGGGUUCUGAGUUGGGUUGUUAUUUCUGUAGUGAUGUAACAGCACCUGGCAAUUCAAUACUGGAUCGUACGCUUGAUCAGCAGUGCACGGUGAGUCGAGCGGGUGUUUCGAUGAUUGCAGCUGGUAUGGCCGUUGAACUACUCGCAUCGGUUUUACAGCAUCCAAAAUUGGGUCUAGCCCCGGCACGUAUCGGCGAGAUAGACGAUAAUUCGAGUGCACUUGGUGCAACUCCACAUCAAAUCCGAGGUUUUCUUUCAAGAUUCCAUCAGAUGACACCGACAGUGCGACGUUUCGAUCGGUGUGUGGCGUGUGGUGAAGCAGUUGUGAACGCAUAUCGUGAGCAACAAACCGAUUUCAUCUUAAAAGUCUUAAAUGAACCAAAGCAUUUGGAAACGAUCUCGGGUCUUGAGCAAUUACAAGCUUCCACCGAGCAAAUGCGAAUUGAAUUUGAUGAUGAUGAUUUGUCAUCAUCAUCAGUUCAAUACCUAACAAAGCAUUGUCAACGUGUUCACAGUUCAAAAAGGGAUGCAAAUGUUGAUAGUUCGAAUGGUACAACUGUUGAACAAAGUAAUAAUGGUGCGUUAUCGUGUUCAAUGUGUUCAAAAUCGUUUUUGUACUUGUCACAACUGUGUCGUCAUCAGCUGUCGCAUUUGAACGUUCGUGAGCAUGAGUGUGCUCAUUGUUGGGCGAAGUUCGUGCAAAAGUCACAUCUCGAGAUGCAUAUUGCUCGUAAGCAUGCUGCAGUAGCAGAAGCAGGAAACAGAAGAGUGGAUGCUGAAAGAACGACAACGAUUGCUUCGACACUCACUGUUUCGUCAUCGUCAUCAUCUUCAUCGGACGACUGCGAUUCCGCUUCGGACAUUACUCAUCCAGACAAUCAAGAAACUGUCGUUGCCAUUCAGCGGUCGUCCUAUAAGACUACUACUGAUUCUGAAGAAGCGUCAACAAGCCAUCCGAAUAAAAGCAACAAUCUCACAGAAGCACUCUCCACAACUGUGGUUCCUGGUCAGCCUCGUAUUCUUUGUAUCUUCUAUAAUCUCUUUAUGAGUCGCAAUCACACCAAAUGGAAAUGCUGGAAAUGUGGACAGCAAUUUGUAUCGAAAUCGUUGUUUUACGAACACAUGGAUCGGCAUGAUCCGAGUCGAAUUCAUCAGUGUACAAUUUGUCAAAGACGGUAUGACAGAUGGUUUUACUCAAUUGCUAGAUUUCGCGGAGCCACUGAACUGAAGACACAUGAGCAAUCGCAUUCAGGCCGGGGAACGUUUUUGUGUGUUCGUUGCAAUGCGAUUUUUAUUCAGCGUACCCAGCUAGAACGUCAUAUAGCACGUGUGCAUAAUUCACGUCGUCAGUGUUUGUCGUGUGCUGAGAAUUUCUCGUCAAUAGCGCAGUACUGUAGUCAUAUGCGUAUCAUUCAUGCGAUGAUAACGUGCGCCUAUUGUGGUGCUGAGAUGGAGAGCGAUUCAAAGAGGCAUCGUGAGCUGUUCCAUUGGCGUCGCCUGCCAAAACCUCGUGCACAAACCACUGUUCACGUGUCUCACUUCACACAAUCGUCAGAUUGUUCUGCAAAUAACAAUGAACAAGAGCAAAAAGCGAUGCUGAUGUUAAUUGUUUUAUUGGAUGAUCAUCAAACUGCGGUUGGCGACGACGGUUCAAUAGAUGUGCACAAAGGGUUUCCACCCGGACUGGUGCAAGCAUUUCCAGCAUUAGCUAAUCUCCAAAUUCGUGUCACUGAUUUUGCGAUCGAAGAAGCGCUCAAAUCGAUCGUUUUAUCAUUUCCCAUCGAAGCGGAUGUCGAACACGAUCCUCAAAUGGCCGAUUUUAUUCAUACGCCAAUAUUCAUUGAUUUCAGAGACAACUGA